UUCCCACUGCCCUUCGCGGUGCUAUUUACUGCCACCCCCCUCUCUGUCUCUGUCUCUGUCUCUGUCUUUGUCUUUGUCUUUGUCUCUCUCUUCUUGGGGGUGUUCUGGCUGGGAUCUGCUCGGAAAGUCUCGCCGGGAAUUUAGUCCGUGCUCAUUUCGGGAGCGUGGGUUCUUGUGAAAGCUGAAAGAGGAAAGAGCUUUGUGGUUUUAUCCGCUCAUGUGAAGGCAUUCUUGCUUUCGAACUUAUGGUGGGAAAGAAUUCGUCAGAAGCCAAAAAGGGUUUUUCUUUUAUUUUCUGCAGAGUGCGGGUGGAAGUUGGUUUUAGCUUUUUCCGGGCUUUUUCUCGCUUCAGUAAAUGCCUUGUGGAUCGGGCGGCGACUUAGACAGAGGGAGUAACGCUCUUCUUUGGUUUAAGUACGAGCUGAUGCUCCCGUCCUUUCUGGGUUUUUGUUAAAUUCUGGAGAUUGUAAUGCUGAAGUUGGGAAGAUCACGUCGUUUGUUUUUUUCUGGGAGACUUGAGGUAUGAGGACAUGGAGAUGUGCAUUGGUUUUUCUGUGACUGCUGAAUAAGUUUAUGUACAUCGAGGAGGUUUUAGAGUUUCGAGGUGUCUUUACUCUGCUGGUUGAGUUAUUGAUUAUGAGGUCGCCUCGUGGUGAUAAAUGGUGGCUCUUAGAAUAUUGCGAGAGCUCAGAUUGGGUCAGACUAGAUUAGAUUCCUGAAUUUUCGUGUUACCAUUUCGAUACCCUCUCACGGUUCAAUCAAGUGGCACUAAUUGGCUCAUGGUCAUGUUGAAUUUACGGAUAGGGACGGUUACUUGGUACUGAUUCUGGGUUUUUAUCGCAAGACCAACGAGUGAAUGAAUUUCCUGGCAUGAGCGAGAGAUGCUAAGAUGUGUAGAUUAGAGAAGUGCGUGGAGGAUUGUGAUCAUAGAGACGAGUGUGAAAUGGGGAUGGGACUCUUGAAAGAGGGUAAGGUUCAGAAAUUCAAGAGCUCGGUUGUUUCAAAAUCUGGAAUGAAGCUCUGGAUUCUGCGAGCGACCACAACAGCGUUGAUUUGGAUUUGCGUCGUUCAGCUAAUGGCGAUCGGGGAGACUUGGGGUCCGAGAUUGUUGAAGGGCUGGCCUUCUUGUUUUAAUCCUGCAGAUCAUUCUUUGGCAUUUCAAUCAUCUUCUAUACCGGCCAAAGUCCGGCUUCCCCCAAAGAGGGUUUACAUCAACAAUGGUUAUCUUAUGGUUUCAUGCAAUGGAGGGCUCAAUCAAAUGCGAGCUGCUAUAUGCGACAUGGUUGCUAUCGCCAGAUACUUGAAUGUCACUCUAAUUGUUCCAGAACUGGACAAAACCUCCUUCUGGGCUGACCCGAGAGAUGAAGUCCGUAUACUGAAAGACUUACCCCCGAGGCUCAAGAAAAGAGUGGAACUAGGAAUUAUUUACUCGUUGCCGCCCAUCAGUUGGUCUGACCUGUCUUACUACCUUGAUCAAAUACUUCCUCUGGUGAGAAAGCACAAAGUUCUACAUUUGACUCGAACGGACACUCGGCUCGCCAACAAUGGGCUGCCUCUGGAAAUUCAGAAGCUGCGGUGUCGAGUAAACUUUAAUUCUCUGAGAUUUACUCCCCAGAUAGAGGAAUUAGGUAGAAAAGCCAUCAGUAUCCUGAGGGAAAAGGGUCCCUUCUUGGUCCUGCAUCUGAGAUACGAAAUGGACAUGCUCGCUUUCUCCGGCUGCUCUCAUGGUUGCAACAGUGAGGAGGUAGAGGAGUUGACACGACUCAGAUAUGCUUAUCCCUGGUGGAAGGAGAAAGUGAUAGACUCAGAGAUGAAAAGAAGAGAAGGCUUCUGCCCUUUAACACCAGAAGAAACUGCUCUUGUUCUAGAUGCAUUGGGUAUUGAUCGAAACGUCCAAAUAUACAUUGCUGCUGGAGAGAUAUAUGGUGGAGAGAGAAGGAUGGCAACUCUGAAGUCGUCUUUUCAUAACUUGGUAAGGAAAGAGACUUUGCUAAAAACCGUAGAUUUGAAGUCUUUCCAGAAUCACUCGUCGCAAAUGGCUGCACUAGAUUAUUUAGUCUCGUUGGCAAGUGAUAUAUUUAUUCCAACGUACGAUGGGAAUAUGGCCAAAGUUGUUGAAGGCCAUCGAAGAUUCUUGGGCUUCAAAAAGACUAUUUCGCUAGACAGAAAGCUUCUGGUCGGUUUGGUUGAUCGGUACAUGAAUGGAUCGUUGGGUUGGGACGAGUUCUCUUAUCUCGUUAAGGAAACUCAUUCACUUCGGAUGGGCAGCCCAAAGUUGCGAGUUGUGAUUCCGGAUAGACCGAAGGAAGAAGAUUACUUCUAUGCCAAUCCUCAGGAGUGCUUGCAACUGUUAGAUGAGCCACUGGUAAGUAGAUGAUCUCAUCACAACCACUGAACAUCGGAAUACAAAUGCGGCAGGACGUGCCCUUCACAAUAAUGGCAUCGAUGUGCACGUCAUAGUCGAAACUCAGAAACACAUCGGGUCAAGUUUUUCAGAGUUCCGGUCACCGGCGGUUACUGUAAAUGAACGAGAAGUGUUGGCCAACAGUUAUACCUUGAAUUUUAAAUAAUCAGAUUCAUGUAUCAUUCCAAACUUGCCAUUGAUUAAUUACAUACAUGAGCUGCAAAGAUAAUUAGGGGUGGUGCAGAUGUCCAACAGUUGUAAUACUUCAAAGGAUGUAAUGUCAAGUUAUACAUGUUGCAAAAAUUUGCCUUCUUAGAAC